AUUCGAUUCACAAAUGCGAGAAAGUCGGCUGCGUUGCAUACCAUAGUCGGCAGAAAUGGCACGAAAUUCAGAAAAGGCGCAGUCUAUGCUGUUUCGCUUCCGGGCAGCGCAAGCAGCAGACCUAGGCAUCCUUGAUCUCGGCCGUACCAAGCGUCCCAAAGCCAUCACUACAAUUGAAAGUAUUCCUGUCUGUGAGAAAUGGCGUGGACAAGUUCUGCGCGAGAUCUCGCGCAAAGUAACGAAGAUCCAAGACCCUGCACUGAGCGAUUAUCAAAUUCGCGAUCUAAACGACGAGAUCAACAAGCUGAUGAAGGAGAAGUUUGUGUGGGAGUUGAGAAUAAGAGAGUUAGGCGGACCGAAUUAUAUGAGAGGAGGGCGGGUGGUGGAUGAAGAAGGGAGAGAAGUUCCUGGUGGAGGCAAAGGGUAUAGAUACUUCGGACGAGCGAAAGAGCUGCCCGGUGUAAAAGAACUAUUUGAGGCCGCUGCUAAGGCGGGUAGACCGCCGGAAGAAGGUGAGAAAGGGCCGACCAGGGCCGAACUGAGCAAAAAUGUCGAUGCAGGGUACUAUGGCUACAAUUUGGACGAAGAAGACGGGAGCCUUCUGAAUUACGAAGAGCUACAGGAGCGAGAGUUCGUCAGUAACCUUUUAGAAAAGGCGCAAUCAGAGAAGGAGAAGAGCACUCUUGAGAUCCUUCCCGGCGACAUUGGGGACGGUGUAGGCUGGCGGCUGCCAACGACUGAAGAAGUGCAAGAGGAGCUUGUCGAGCGCAGGCGGCGAAGACUGCUCGACAAACUUGGAUGAAACCGUGGCUUAGGAAGAAAAGCAGACUUUUGUCAUCACCAAAUUAAAUGCUAGCGGAACAGCUGUUGAAGUCUAGUACUCACCAUCCGCAAAGACUGUCCUCGGUUCUGCACUUCGUCUGUCAAGGAUACCCCUAGUGGUGUCGUGUACAAACGCAGAGUCACGCGUUGGUUGGGAAACACGUCGAUGGAUGCAACACCUCUCUGGGCCGGGAAGAUGUGUACAACACAGAGUAGUUCUUCAUAUCUGGAUAUUUACCUAUAAAUGCAUGCAUCCAUACCUUCAGCAAACAGAGCGACUUGUAUCAAGGCGUUAAUAAUUCAUCUUCGCUGAUGCUUAGGAGCAUGGUAAUUUCAUUCCAUUUUUAUUUUA